AAUCACAAUUUAAAAAACACGACACGACCUCAGAACAAUGACGUUUAAAAAAGAAAGAAAAGAAAUCAUCCAUCCGACGCUUCGUAGCAAAAUCCCAGAAACGAGCUAUGAACCAUCAAGCCGAGUCUCUUCUUUAGUAGCUUCUCAUCCUUCGCCACCGCAAAGCAAAAGCUCUUUGCGCCAACAAACCAAAUCAAAAAACAAAAACAAAAUCAUUUCUUUUUUCCAAAAAUCUUUUCAUUUUUUAUCUCUUUCCUUCAACAGAUCCAUGCAACAGCAUCUCUGUUUUCACCCAAAUUGACGACAAGCCUUAGCCUUUUUGUUUUGUUUUAAGACCCUUGGUUUUGCCACUAUUUACGGCGUUACCCCUUUGCCAGAAACCCUAGUUUUUUAUUUUUUGUUUUUGUAUUGCGUUUAGAUUUCGGGUUUUCUAGGGUUUCGCAUUGUGAUAUGAAUAGUAGAGGGAGGUAUCCACCGGGGAUUGGUGUUGGCCGCGGCGGCGGACUGAAAACGAACCCUAGCUUUCAGUCGCGGUCGCCGCAACAGCAAUACGUGCAGAGGAAUUUUGUUCAGAAUCACCACCAGUUUCAGCAACAACAACAACAGCAACAACUUUGGCUCAGGCGAAACCAGUUGCCCGGAGGCAAUGACUCCAGUGUCGUCGAUGAGGUCGAGAAGACCGUACAAUUGGAAGCUGUAGACUCAAGCUCACAAGAUUGGAAGGCAAGGCUAAAGGUGCCGCCACCAGAUACUCGCUACAAAACAGAAGAUGUGACAGCUACCAAAGGAAAUGAAUUUGAGGACUAUUUCCUUAAACGUGAACUUCUUAUGGGAAUAUAUGAGAAGGGUUUUGAAAGACCUUCUCCUAUUCAGGAAGAGAGUAUUCCCAUUGCUUUAACUGGAAGUCAUAUUCUUGCUAGAGCCAAAAAUGGAACUGGAAAGACAGCAGCAUUUUGCAUUCCUGCCUUGGAAAAAAUUGACCAAGAUAAGAAUGUUAUUCAAGUUGUUAUACUUGUUCCAACACGAGAACUGGCUCUUCAGACGUCACAAGUGUGCAAGGAGCUAGGAAAGCAUUUACAAAUUCAAGUCAUGGUCACAACUGGAGGUACCAGUCUCAAGGAUGAUAUCAUGCGAUUGUAUCAACCAGUCCAUUUGCUGGUUGGAACCCCUGGCAGGAUUCUAGACCUUGCUAAAAAGGGUGUUUGCAUUUUGAAAGAUUGUUCAAUGCUUAUAAUGGAUGAGGCAGAUAAACUUUUGUCUCCAGAGUUUCAACCUUCAGUAGAGCAGCUGAUACGUUUUCUUUCAGCAAAUCGUCAAAUUCUGAUGUUUUCAGCCACAUUUCCUGUUACUGUUAAGGACUUUAAAGACAGAUAUCUACAUAAACCUUAUAUUAUUAAUCUAAUGGAUGAGCUUACUCUGAAAGGUAUUACACAAUAUUAUGCUUUUGUGGAAGAAAGACAGAAAGUCCACUGCUUAAAUACUCUUUUCUCUAAGCUGCAAAUAAACCAAUCAAUAAUUUUCUGCAACUCGGUAAAUCGGGUGGAGCUGUUGGCCAAGAAAAUUACAGAACUUGGCUAUUCUUGUUUUUAUAUCCAUGCAAAGAUGCUUCAGGACCAUCGUAACAGGGUAUUUCAUGAUUUCCGCAAUGGAGCAUGCAGGAACCUUGUUUGUACUGAUCUUUUUACGAGGGGUAUAGAUAUCCAAGCUGUGAAUGUUGUUAUUAACUUUGACUUCCCCAAGAACUCAGAAACCUACCUUCAUAGAGUUGGUCGAUCAGGAAGGUUUGGUCAUCUUGGAUUAGCUGUGAAUUUGAUCACUUAUGAGGACCGCUUUAACUUGUAUAGGAUUGAACAAGAACUUGGGACUGAAAUUAAGCAAAUUCCUCCACAUAUCGAUCAGGCUAUAUACUGCCGUUGAUACAUGUUGGAUGUUUUGGUGGUAACUAUGGGUUAAUUAGGCUGGUCAUUCAAGGUCUCUGUCCGUGCACAUGGGUGCGCAUUCUAAAAGUUAGGUGGCGUUUUAUGCAUGUAAGACCUUAAUGCUUUUAUUGGUUUCUCAAAUUUCAUAGUCCUGAACAGAUAACAGGAUAGGAGAGAAGUUUAGAUGAGUUGUGCUUUUUGAUUUAGUUAAUUACGGAACAUAUCACCUAUAAUUAUUGUAGUAUAAUUAAUCAAUGAUAAUUCAGUGUUAUGUAGGGUUCAUAAAAAAUUAUGUCCAAUUCACACUUUUAAGUGGUGGAUUUUUACAUAAUUUUUUUAUUUAUUUAUUGUGAUUGGUUAAUUGUAGUAACGAGAAUUGUGGGCGAAAUGUUUUCGGUUAACAUAUGGGUAGGCUUGAUAAUUUUACACAAAAAAAUAAUAAUAUGAUACUAUCAAUACUAAAACGAGAUAAAAACACGAUACGAAAAGAGUCAAGUUCAACCUUGUAAAGAUAGAUGGUAUUGAAAAUUUUAAAUAUGAUAUUAUUAAUAAAAUAAAAAAAAAUGAAAAGAGCCGAUGAAACAACUU